AUGUCGCCUUCCUUCGCUGACAGCUCUGCUUCUUCAUCCGUCGUCGUCUGCUUGUACGACGACUCCUUCCACACCUCUUUCUCCGGCCACGGGCAAGCCACCAGUCGGAUGGGUGGCGAUCCCAGCACUGUCGUGCUCACCCUCGUCUCCCGCAAUGCAAAUCGGCAGCCCUAUGCCGCCUCUUCCCUUAGCUCGAUGUCGCGCUAG